AUGUCCAACUCUACCAUGCCAUAUUUCCCCAAGUACUCAAUAUACCAACAAGUGUUCAAGAGGAUCUAUUCCCAGAUUAAUACUGCCAAUCAGCAAAAGUCCAAAUGGGAAUACUUUGUGCUGGGCAUGCGCGUCUACCAAUGGUUGUCGGAGCACGACCCCGCCUACACCUCCAACCUGCAGUUUGACAAGAUCAUCGAGGCCAUCAACGAGAUCUUUGACAUCAUUCUGAGUCUGCUCGAGAUGAUGAAGUCGCCACCCUCGCUGCUGUCGGCCGUCGUUUACUACGCCAACAAGUUUGUGUCGCGUACUGGCAUCAAGCACAACCAGCUGUUCAAUCUGCUGCUGACCAGCACCAUCGUCACACUCAAGUUUUGGUCCGAGAGCAUCCAGAUCCACAACCGCAUGCUGGCCGACAUCUUUGAGUUCCCAGUGCAGGACAUCAACCUGAUGGAGCGUCGCUUCCUCUGUGGCGUCGACUACCAACUCAGCAUUACCGAGCAACAAUUGGAGACCUUCAUGUCCAAGAUUGACAUCACCAGUUCACUCAAGGCAUCAUUGCAACUGCCAUCAUACAUUAGCAAGUCUCCAUUGCUCUCCUCGUCCUCGUCAUCAUCCUCCACUUCAUCAUCAGCGACUACCAACUCACAACCAACUCGUCUGUCAGCGUCAAACAAGUCUGGAUCAUACUGCAUGGAGCCAGCUGUUACCUACAUGGGCAGCGCAUCACAAGCCACAGCCAACUGUUAA